UCCAGGCAGGGAAGACCCGCAAAUUCUUUUUUGGUUGCAGAGGUAGCGAAAGCCUCGUCAUUCCUGCAGUUUAAAAAAGAGUUUCCCGAAAUAACAGAUUCAAAGGAAGCUUGAAAAGGUUGAAGUAGAGAAAAAAGAGCUUCAUUUCAGUUAAAUCAGCUGCCAUGGCCGUGGGAUCGGCAAUAAUUCCUGUUCUGUUAGGGGUGUUGAUGAUAAUAUGCAAUUAUGGAUCACAAAUAAUGGCUCAGCAGGUUUAUUCUGGGGACUCCAGCGAGGAUUGCAACAAUUUUCAUAAGGAGAGCUCUGGUUACCUGUGUAAUGGCGCUGCUAAAGAAUGCCAAACCUUUGCUCUUUACAGAGCUCAGCAAUUUUACAUGUCUCUUGACAGAGUUGGCAGCCUUUUCAACACUGGCCCCGCAACGAUUGCCUCUGCAAGCAAUUUAUCCGUCUCCAAUUACUCCAAGUCCCUGGACAAAGAUCAGGCCGUGCUUUUUCCCAUCAACUGCAACUGCGCGGGUAACUUCUCGCAGGCGAAUUUGACCUACACUGCUAAGGACGAUGACACAUACCUGAAAAUCGCGAGCCAGACACUGGAAGGACUCACCACAUGCCAGGCCAUGAGAGAACAAAACCCUAAGGUCGGUGAGAAUGACCUGAAAACCGGAACGAAACUGGUGGCGCCGCUGCGCUGUGCGUGCCCUACGCGCCAACAGCUGGACCAGGGCGUCAAAUAUUUGCUCAGUUAUAUCGCGGAUGUUGAGGACGAUGACGAGAUAAUCCCUGCCAAGUUCGAUAUCCGCCAUGAAGAUUUUAUCUCGGCCAAUAAAUUAGAGGACUCUAAUCCUACCAUAUUUCCCUACACUACUCUGUUAAUUCCUCUAGAUCACACACCUACCAUCCCUCCCAAAGGGCCUUUCGCUCCUCCGCCUCCACCUCGCUUACCGGCUUCGCCUCCCCUGGAUUUGAACUCUGGACCUCCUCCUUCUUCUAACUCUCAUACUUUCGUCGUCAUCCUCAUCACGUCUCUCGCUGCUGCGCUGCUCGUUCUGGCAGGUUUUGUUAUAGCUAUUGUUCUGUGCUUAAACAGGAGGAAGCGCCGCAAAGUCCUUAAGGAAGCAGAGGCAAAAAGAUUGGAGGCUGCAAAGAUUUUCAAAGAACCGAUCCUAAUGUUCCGCGAGUUGUCAGAUCUGCUAGAGUCGGACAGAUUGAUACACUAUAGCUUGAAAGAACUCCGAGAGGCUACCGAAAAUUUCAGCGAGGAGUCAAGGAUUGAGGGCUCUGUUUUCAGGGGUUUACUGCGCGGGAAGAGAGUGGCAAUGAAGCGGAUGAAUGGAGAAGUCUCUAAGGAAAUAAACAUGCUUCACAAGCUCCACCACGCAAAUCUUGUUACCCUCCUGGGCAUCUGCCUCGGCCAUGAGGAGCACCAUGCCUAUCUGGUAUUCGAGUAUGCAGAAAACGGGUCCCUGAGCAACUGGAUUGAGGACGCAGGGCCGCGGGAUUCUCUUCCAUGGAAACAGAGGCUUCAGAUCGCUGUGGACAUAGCAGAGGGGCUGGAGUAUCUCCAUCACGGAUCUAGUCCAUCUUGCGUUCACAAGGACCUCAAGACCAGCAAUAUUCUCUUGGAUCACAAUUUCAGAGCCAAAAUUGCAAACUUUGGAUUGGCUAAAUCUGGCGCAGGGGUUGCUUCCCUAACCAGCCAUAUAAUCGGAACUCAUGGAUACAUGGCUCCAGAGUAUCUUCGAGACGGUCUGGUGACGGCAAAGCUGGAUGUUUUUGCGUUCGGGGUAAUUGUUCUGCAAAUCCUCUCGGGCAGAAGGGCCGUAGGAACUUGGCGCACAGGCCAUGGCGAAAGGUUUCUGUCGGAUGAGAUCACAGAUCUGCUGCAAGGUGAAAAUGCCAAGGAAAAUCUCAGCGACUGGAUAGAUCCCAAUCUCCAAGAGUCGUAUGAUUUGGAGGUGGCUUUCAGAAUUGCCUGCAUAGCGAAAGCAUGCGUGGAAAAAGAUCUGGCAUUUCGGCCCAGCAUGACUGAGAUCCGUGUGGAGCUCUCUGGCUUGGCGGGCAUUAGCACAGAUGAUUCACCCCUGGAGUGGCGGAUCAUCCCAACAUUUUCUUCCCAAUUUCAACCAAGAUGAUUGAUUAGUCCCGAAUUGAUUAAGUUUCUAUCAGGAAGUUCGGGAAGAUCUCUUAACAACUGAUCAUCCCACAUAUAAAUUAUUGCUACUUGUAAUAUGAAGGUAAACAGCAGUGUUGAUUUACCAAAAAUCAUGAUUUGGAUGUGUAAUAUAUCGUCUUCUAGAAAUCGAAAUCUCUGUUUUAAUCAUCCUGCAAAUCGCAUCCUGGUUAUGCA